GAGAAGGGGAGGAGGGUGUCGUUGUGCUAUCUAGCUAGCAAUUAGCUAUCUAGCUAGCAAUUAGCUACAGUAAUCCGAGAGCCUCAGCAUUCUAAAAGGGAGAUUAUACUUGUUUGAAUUUAGGCAAUUCUUCGAUGUAGCUAGCUGAGGGUACAUUUCUGUUCUAAAGAGCAUGUGUUGUAGUAUAGUUGCCAGCUAUUGUUAUCUAGCUAGCUAGGCUAGCUAACAAGCAAACUAGCCAGUUAGCGUGCUCCCUUGCCUACAAAUGCAAUGCUGUCAGCAGGUAACCCAUAGAUUGCUGCAAAGAUUGGUGGCGAUACUGGAGUGCCCCCUAUGAACAACAGUAAUGCAUCUGAUGGCUUUCCAUUCUCUGCACAAAAAAGACAGUUGGAAGACCCAGAUCAACCGGAGAGUAAGAAGAUGGCUACACAGAGUGAUAUUGACUCAGCCACAGCAUUAUCUAUUGGAGCACAACUGGCCGCUCUUGCCCAGCAAAGUAGCAGCAGACCCUCUUCCACCUCAGAGGAAUACAGCGUUCCUGAUAGCAUGGUCGGACUCAUUAUCGGCCGGGGAGGAGAGCAGAUCAAUAAGAUCCAGCAGGAGUCGGGCUGCAAGGUUCAGAUAGCUCCAGACAGUGGAGGUCUACCAGAGAGGAGCGUCUCUCUCACAGGGUCCCCUGACUCCAUACAGAAAGCCAAAAUGCUGUUGGACGAGAUUGUGUCUCGAGGGAGGGGCACACCUCCCUCCUCCUUCCACGAGGCGACCAAUGGGCAGAGCGGCUCUGUGCAGGAGAUGAUGAUCCCUGCUGGCAAGGCUGGCCUCAUCAUCGGCAAGGGAGGAGAGACCAUCAAACAGUUACAGGAGCGUGCUGGGGUGAAGAUGAUUCUAAUCCAGGAUGCCUCUCAGGGACCCGACAUGGACAAGCCCCUGCGCAUCAUCGGAGAACCAUACAAAGUCCAGCAAGCCCAGGAGCUGGUUCAGGAGAUCCUGAGGGAGAGGGAUCACCCCGGUUACGGAGACAGGGGCGAGUACGGCUCCCGCAUGGGGGGGGGAGGAGGAGGAGGCAUGGACGUCCCGGUGCCUCGACACUCUGUGGGUGUGGUGAUUGGACGCAGUGGGGAGAUGAUCAAGAAAAUUCAAAAUGAUGCUGGAGUUAGGAUACAGUUCAAACCAGAUGACGGCACAGGUCCUGAUAAGAUAGCUCACAUCAUGGGCCCUCCUGAUCGCUGUGACCACGCGGCCCAGAUCAUCAACGAACUGCUGCAGAGCAUCCGGGUCAGGGAGGAGGAGCAAGGGGGACCCCCUGGUCCUCCAGGCAUGCCCCCAGGGAACAGGGGCCGUGGCCGGGGUCAGGGCAGCUGGGGUCCCCCCGGGGGAGAGAUGACCUUCUCCAUCCCAGCCCACAAGUGUGGCCUGGUGAUCGGCAGGGGAGGGGAGAACGUCAAGUCCAUCAACCAGCAGACGGGGGCGUUCGUGGAGAUCUCCCGUCAGCCACCGCCCAACGGAGACCCCAACUUCAAGCUCUUUGUCAUCAGGGGUUCCCCCCAGCAGAUUGACCAUGCCAAGCAGCUAAUUGAGGACAAGAUCGAGGGUCCUCUGUGUCCUGUAGGCCCAGGUCCUGGAGGGCCGGGCCCUGCUGGUCCUAUGGGGCCCUACAACCCUAACCCCUACAACCCUGGACCACCUGGGGCCCCUGGCCCACAUGGGGGUCCCCCCGGUCCUCACCAGUACCCCCCACAGGGUUGGGGCAACACCUACCAGCAGUGGCAGCCUCAGGCUCCCCAUGACCCCAGCAAGGCAGCUGCCGCGGACCCCAACGCCGCCUGGGCUGCCUACUACGCCCAGUACUACCAGCAGCCCGGCGGCGCCGUGCCAGGCCAGCACCCCGCUAACCCGGCCGCCGCCCAGGCGCCUGGAGACCAGGCCGGCCAGACCCCCGGAGGACAGCCGGACUACACCAAGGCCUGGGAAGAGUACUACAAGAAGAUGGCCCAGGCUGGAGGCUCGGCGGCGGGGGCCGGAGGGCCAGCUGCAGCCCCUGGGGCCCCGGCCUCAGCGGGAGGCCAGCAGGACUACAGCGCGGCCUGGGCUGAGUACUACAGACAGCAGGCUGCCUACUACGGCCAGCCAGGACAGGCCACAGGCCAGGCAGCCGCCCCUCAGCCAGGCCAGACACAGUGAGAGGCUACAAUGGAAAUGUCAUAAUUUGAGCAUGAGAGAAAGAAAGGACGAGAAGACGGACAGGAUACCACUUCACCCAGACAGCAACAGCUAACAACUACUGGGCUUCUUCUUUUUAAGUUUCUUUUUUGUUUUUGUUUUAAAAUAAUCUUUUUUAGUUUUUCCAUGAGGGACGCCGUGCUACAACUGCAAUCCCCGUCACCAUCACCCACCUCCUUUUUAAAUAAAAAUAAAAAAUUUGAAAAGAACAAAAGACCUUUCUCACACUUUGCUGUUUGGUGGAAUAUGGACUGCAGGGUUGAGCCCCUUUUCUUCCACGCCUUUCCUCCCUUCUGUCCAUCUGCCAAUCAAGAACAUUGACCCUCGAAACCGCUGAUCGGAUUCUCUCAUUAAAUCACCUCACCACUUAUCCACUGUCCCAAGUGUUCACCACAAGAUCUUCUAGUAAAACGACUUCUAAUCCUAUUACUGCAUUUACAGCAAUUCAUGUUGAUUUACCAUCAAUAGCAUUUCUUGUAUAAAUUAGUGGAUGGUAAGAUCCCAUUUUUUAAAUGGCUUCAUUAUGAACAUGCUUCUCAACUUUUUCUGUUUUGAUUUGGAUUAGUCCCAUAGCCCAGAUGGCUUGGCCUCAAUCUGUUCUGGCCGGAGUCUAAUUUAAAUUUUCCUAAUUGUACUUGUUGAUCGUCUCCCUUUGUAUAUGUGUUUGGCCGACUGUGUACAGUGUCUGAAUGUGAAGAACAUGUUGCUACAUGCAUGUGUGAGUGUUUGUGAUGGCACAGGAGAUGUCUUUAUUGAUUGUGGAAAGUUAAUCAAUAGCCACGGGUAUAUCUACAAUGGGAAGCCAGCUCUUGGGAAUGCUAGUUUAUCUUGACAGCUGUUGAUCAUAUGAGUGAUGGUGUCAUGUUUCUCCUAGGUCUGCAACCCCAUUUUAUUGAAUGCUUGGCUUUUAUUUUUUAUGGCUCGUUUUUAAAAACUUCACAAUAAAUGACGUCAUUACC